GGCGGCGCGGGGCGGGGCGCGACCGCGCCGCCAUGAGCGACCUCCGUGACGGGGCCGGCAGCCCCGGCCUGGGGCGGUGGGCGCCCCGCUUGGCUCCGGAGACGUGGGAGCUGCUGGCGCUGCCCGGCUGCCUGGAGGAGCUGGAGUCUGAGCGCCGGCCUUGCAUUUCAGAUGACUUAAAAAUAGGAUAUUAUAGCACAGAUCAUGCUACUCAAACAGAUAUCAAAGAAAUACCAGAACUAAAGGAGCUAACUAUUGCUACACAAGCUUUAAUGGAGAAAGAAGCCCAAAUUCGACAGAGCUACCAACAACAAUUAUGUGAUGCACUGGCUGUUCUCAGAUCAAAUAUUGAGAAAUAUUACAGCAUAAAUGAAGAAGACACAGAAUCUCCAUCGGCAGAAUUUUUGAGGCUUUUACAUAACAAGCUGCGUGAGGAACAGUCCAGAAUUGAAGAUCUGGAACGAAAAUUGCAAGAAUAUCAAGAAAAAGGAAAGAGUAAAAUGGUUGCCUUUGAAGAUGAUGACCAUGAAAAAAAAAUGCUUGAAAAAGAAAAUGAGGAUUUCAAAGAAGAGAUUUUUAAACUGCACAAUAAGAUUUUUCAUCUUGAAAAUGCUCUGAAACGCUCUGAAAAAGAAAAUUGUUUAUUAGAUAAGCAAGUUCAAAGAAUGCAAUUAAAACUGGAAACUGAUGAGCAAACUAUUCAAAAGUUAAUUGAAAUUCAAGAACAAAUGAAGGCAGAAAUUGAAAAUGAAAGAUCAUUAGUUAAAAGUCUGACUUCAGGACUGCAAGUACAAGAAAAUGAACUCAAAAAAACCAAACUGCCAGUGCAAAGGGAAACUGAAAAUAUAAUGCCUGAGGAGAAAAGAGAAUUCCGAAAGGACCAUCUUACAAAACAAAAGAAAGGGCUGACUGACAAGAUAACAUGUGUAGCAUCUGAUCAGGAAGCUGCUGAAAGAACACUGACUGCUGAAAAUGAUAAACUGAAGCAAUAUAAAGGUCCAGAAUGGCAAACCACAGAAAGAAAAACAACUGAGCAAAGAAAUAUAAUGUGGAAAAAGAAAUUCCAGAUUCUACAAAAGAGCCUGCAUGCCAUUAAGGAUGAGAUGUUUCUUAGACAAACCCUGCAACGUCGGUUGCUUGUGUUUAAAAGUACACCCCUCAGUGAGACAAUGUCUUUUCCUGUUUGUAUUGAAAAUGAAACACAAGAUGUGAAAGGAUUCAGAGGUGGCUUAUAUUUACCUUUAACUUUGAAGGCUAGAAAUGUCGUGGACGUAGAGAAAAUAGAUACGGCUACAUUUGAAAGGACUUAGAUCUAUUACAUUUGGUGGCAUUCUUGCUGGAGGUGACACUUUUAGAAGACCCAGAAUUCAGGUGGAGGAGUUUCUUCUGAGGGGAAAAAAUGAGUUCUCAGUUUCCAAAUCUUAAAGUAUCAUUGUCUCAAAUAGACACAAUUCAAGACACAGAAUCAGAAUUCUUGGAAGGAGCUUCUAAGAGAACACUUUAUUAUGACUAGGUACGUAGGGAUGUUUGCAACGUUUGUGUGUUUGUUUGUGACUCUUCUAGUUGAAUGUGAGGUGGUGUGUGUCCUUAGUAUGUAGAUAAAAGUCUGAUCGUUUCAAUGACUGGUGGUUUCAUGCAAAAAAACCCACUAGUUUUCUUUACUCUACAAAGACUAACAAACAAAUACGUGACCCUUUCAGAUACCAGCCAAGCAGGAACUUGUCCAACUAGACACUGUUAGUGGUAUUUAUUUCUUUAUUUAUUUAUUGGUAAUAGACAAUGUUUCUGGGAAUUUCUGCCAAGUGUCAUAUCAUCCAAAACAAAGAGUGCCCUUACUGUGGGAGUCUCCUCAUGAACCAAAUAUAAAACACAUUAGAUAGAACUAUAUAAUGUACAUGAAGUUGUGCUUGUUAUAUUCAACAGCUGAUGCUAAGUGCAAAUAAGCAGUUAUGAAGUUAAAGAAGAUUCAAUUGAAGAGACUUGAAAGCAGGGACAUAAACAACUCAUUUUGCUUGAGAGGACCAAGAUUAAAAACAAAGCUGUGCAAUAUUAGUUUUUUAUACCAUAUGAUUAUUGUUAAAGGAGGAUGUUCCCCAGUAAUUCAGCUUGAUCAUUUCAGCACAAGAAGAGCACAAUCUUCCAGCAGUCUUGCCUACCUGAAGUCCUUGUCUCACUGUAUUACACAAAUGGAUCUCAGAAAAUGCGGCCAGUUUGAAGGUUUCUUUUGAAGCAAGUUUUGGUUGCUGUCUUUCAUGGUUGGAAAAUGACUCGGACAGAGGAGUCACCUCUUCUCGUGGAGGACAAUUUUAUGUGCUUAGCAGAGGUAUACAGGCUGUUUUUUCUUUCCUCCUUUUUUCACACAAAAAUUAUGACUCUGUCUGUACAAAAGGACUUCUGGGCUGUCUUCUUUUCUUAUCUCCUUUUCCCAACUUCUCAUAGGUACAGCAAACUGCUACUCUUUUGAAUCUGAUUUGGAGAGCUGCUUGGUUAGCUGUUAUCUUCUUUCUCCCAGCAUUACUACAGUAAUUUCUGUCUAAGUUUUCUGCAGAUGAUAAAUAGAGGAAGACCCAGCAUAAUGGAUCUCAUGAUUCUUUGGUUGUCAAAAUGCAUUCUCUGACUCCAUUCCAUGCCCAGGAGCCAGAUGAUAUUUUAGCAAUCUUUGCAGUCUUUUGCUGUUCGAAGUCUCUGGUCAAGAGAGAAGCCAAUGGGUUUACAAAAAUAAAACACUAAUGCGAAUGCAUUUCAGUAUGAUCAAGAGCUCAUGGGAAAUCUCCAUUCUCUUACAACAAGCCAGAGACGUGCUUCAGUUUGCUUAGUAAUAUGUACUUGUUUUAACUCCUCAAACCUCUCACUCUUCCUGAAUAUUGACUGAAUGAAGAAAAAAAAUGUUAAAAAUGUAAUUUUUCCAGACACUAAAAAAUGCUAACCUAAAGUGUGAAUGUUUAAGUAGAAAGCAACUACACAUUUAGCAACCAGAUGAUCAAUUUUGCUGGUGGUUUGAAUGAAUUGUUGCUACCUUCAGCGGGACAACAUGGAACAAGAAAAAAAAAGAUAUGAUUGAUAAUGUUACUAUUUCUGAAGUGCUUCUGAAAUUAAUUCCUUCCUUAAGAAGGCCGGCGUUUCUGCUUAUUCUGUUCUGAUGGUGUUCAAUAUUUGUACUAUUUGAAGCUAUUUAUAGUAUAUGUAGAUACUUCAUAAAUGCUCUAAGGUAUCUGAGACCUCAGAUGUGCCAAGAUCCAAAGUUAAGAGUCCAAGUUCCUUUUAAAACUUGUUUGGAAGAAAAGGUGACUGACUGGAGUUGAGGGUGAACUGAUCCCACUCUUCACAGGCCCCACUUCAGACACUGUAGGAGCCUAGAGCAUAAGUUAUAAAUAUGCUUUGCCCUGACUUCUUAAUUUUUAGAAGCAAACUAUUUUUCACUGGGUAGUGAUGGGAAAUGUUCCUUUAAUAUGAAUUAUUUUAUUGGAAAAUGCUUCUAAUGCCUGAGAAACUUUGAGUUUCUACAUGCCACCCCAGGGACUGAUUUUCUUUGAUGUUAUGCUGUGUUUUGUUUUCAGCAUUUUCAGAAGAAAAAAAUAAAAGCAUUAAUUAGUUAAACACAAAUACUAACUGCAAGGUCAAUUAUACUGAAAGAAAGGGAAAUAUGCCCCAAACUGGAGAUAGUGAUUAUAAACAAAGCUGUUGAUUAAUUUCCUAAAAACUAUACUCUGAUACUUGAAAAUGACUGAAAAGUAGUUGGUACAAAUUCUUGAGUUCAGUUAUGCAAAAGAGUGUAUUGAAAACUGUAACCAAAUAAUAGACUUUCCCAACAUAGAGCCAGUGAUGUUGUGUCUUCUGCAUCUAACUUGAUAUCAUGUUCAUGCACGGUUGAUUAGUUUAUAGAAUGUAACAUAUGCAUGCAUUAUUGAUGCUCCACAGAAAUAAUUGCUGUAAUUACCAAUGCUAUCUAAUAUCGUUCUAGUUAUACACCCUUAUCAUGGGUUACAUAUGGGUUAUAUCUGCCCUACAGGUUGCCCUCAAAGAGGGUAUCAGAUAUUCUGAAGGAAUUGUUGCUAUUUUCAAUGAGUCUUCUGCCCUGUGGAGUCUGUUCUUUUCAACUGAUAAAGUCUGCAUUGAAUUCUGUGUGGCAACCCACCUCUUCUGUGCUUCCAUGUCCAAGGGAAUUAUUAGAAGAUAUCCAGCCUGUUUGGCCUUAUGGAUUUUCUAUUUUUAUCCACAGUACUCCUUUUUCAUGACUACUGCUACUAGGUAGAAAAAGCAAUGGCAAGACACAAAAGAUACUAAAAAAUAAACAAUCUUCUUGAAAGAAAAAGUGUGCCCACUUCUUUCCAAUCUUGAGCAUUGACCUGCUUAGCUUUAAUGGCAAGAUACACUCAUGAAAUGUUUUACCUUUCCUCUUUUAUAAGAGUAUUGCCGCAAGAGUUCUGUGAAGAUUUUGAACAGUCAGCUGUCACAGUACACACUUACAGAAAUCAAGUGAUAAAAGUGGCUUCUCUGCAGAAUGGCUUAUUUCCACCUAUGUUACUGCCACUGCUGAACUGUUGAUGCAUGGUGCUGCAUAAGGGAGGGCAGUCCCAGGGUCCUUAUUUAAUAUUGACUACAUGAGCUUUUUGUGGGUGUAAGGAAUUUUGUGAAGAGCACUGGUUGGAGUCACAAACUGUAUGAAUAUAUAUAUUCAUAGAUAUACACGAAUAUAUGAUGUAUAUUCAUAUAUACAACAUAUAUAUGAAGAUAGAAGCAGGUAUCAAGAGAAAAAAGCUAUCAGUAACUGUUUGAGAUCAAUUGCCUGUAUGUGCCUAUACAGGUCCCCGUAGUCCAACCUGCCCUCGUAUCUUUCCCUCUCAGUCCCCUGAAGAUUUUUCCAAGAAAA